AAAUGACCUUGCACCAGACCGUACGGAAAGUUCUGUGAUCGGCGAACCAAGAGAAAGGCUGGGAAAAAUUAGUUGGAAAAGGAAAAAAGAGGAUCAAGAAGGCAUGUGAUAAACCGCCUUCAAAACGAGCGGGUGAGGCGAAGAGCGCGAAUACCCGGGGUGCGGGAAAGAAUGGGCGCGAUUUCAGGCUGCGGUUACCUUCUCUCCCCUCAGCCGAAAUCGUCUUUCCGAUGUUUUCCGACGACACAUCCGCCUCGACCUCACGUCCUGUUCGCCUCAACCACAAACGCAACAAGAGCGAGAGUCCAAUGCAUCCGCUGCCAAUCGCCUAAUGCCGGUGAAGAUGAUAGCAAAGCUGUUUUAGAUGCAUUUUUCCUUGGAAAGGCUUUCGCAGAGUUGCUUACUGAGCGGGUUGAAUCAACGGUUGGAGAAUUUCUGAGUGUUAUUGGUCAGUGGCAAGCUGAACAACAAAAACAGGUUCAGGAUUUCCAGGAAGAAGUAUUGGAGAGAGCAAAAAAGGCUAAAGAGAAAGCUGCUCGUGAAGCCAUGGCAGGGCAGGCAUCAGAGACCAAGUCACUGACAGCAUCUUCAGGCAACGGAAACCCCACAAGUCCAUCUUCUGAUGCUACUAAGCCUAUAUGAAAAGUUGGAUGUUCCUGCCCAUCUACCAUUUUGUUUUCCUACUCCGUGUCCUUCAUGUUCUGUUUGUCUCUAAAGAGGGAAAAAAACAAAAAAGGAAAAGAAAGAAAGGGUCUUCUAGGAACGUGUAUGUAUAGUUCAUUCCAGAUCGUCACAUAAACAAUGAAAGAUACCUUUUGCGUUCUCAAGAGAUUUAUUCCGCGUUACUGUUCA